CAUACACGUGGUAUUUUGGUAUGAAGGACGCAGAACGUCACAUAAGUGGCUAGAAUAGUCCUUCUAUAACAGGGACAACAUUUUAUACAACGACACAAUAUCAGCGGAAGCAUCAGAAAAAUGCAUUAAUAUCGUUUUCACGCAAGUUAUUGUAUUGUUGAAGAAUGCAUAUCGCCGAUUUCGUUGCAGGAUCCAUAGGAGGUACGUAACCUAUUGCAAUCGGGAGGCUGUGUAGCGUUAUUUAAAAACAACGUAGCCUAAUAUGAAUAUUGGGUGUCCAAACCCUGAAUAACAAGCUCAUGGAAAAGAUCAUUCAUAGAAAUGUUGUGUGCGUCAUCAAUAAUAUUUGAAGGUUCAUUCGUUAUAGAAGUGUGUGACCCCACUUCUUUUGGGGGCUUUUGAGGUUAUAGGGUAGCAGCCUCUGCAUAUAUAGAUAUUCUAUAUAAUUGUACAGGAGAAUGUUGCCUGGAAACCCGACGUUGAAUGGAUUGAAUUCUAUGUUCGGCAGAAAUUAGCAUUUUAAUCAGGAAAGUUUCCUUUCACGACCUCUACAAGCCAGAAUGUUGAAUACAAUUAUACUUUAAGGUACUUUACCUGUUGUCCAUGUUCAUGCUGUUGGUUCUUUUGGCAGUAGGAAUGUGAGACAAUAUGUACACAGAACAGUUUAAUUACAUAAACUUUUCAAAGCACUGGUAGUGCCUUCAGAUUUAGAUACAUAUUUUUAUUUUUAUUUAACCAUUAUUUAACUAGGCAAGUCAGUUAAGAACAAAUUCUUAUUUACAAUGAAGGCCUACCAAAAGGCAAAAGGCCUCCUGUGGGGGACGGGGCUGGGAUUAAAAAUAAAUAAAUAAAUAAAAUAUAGGACAAAACACACAUCAUGACAAGAGAGACACCACAACACUACAUAAAGAGAGACCUAAGACAACCACAUAGCAUGGCAGCAACACAACAUGACAACAACAUGGCAGCAACACAACAUGGCAGCAGCACAACAUGGUAGCGGCACAAAACAUGGUACAAACAUUAUUGGGCACAGACAACAGCACAAAGGGCAAGAAAGUAGAGACAACAAUACAUCAUGCGAAGCAGCCACAACUGUCAGUAAGAGUGUCCAUGAUUGAGUCUUUGAAUGAAGAGAUGGAGAUAAAACUGUCCAGUUUGAGUGUUUUUGCAGCUCGUUCCAGUCGCUAGCUGCCGCGAACUGAAAAUAAUAAUAAUAAUAAUAAUAAUAAUAAUAUAACAUUUAGCAGACGCUUUUAUCCAAAGCGACUUACAGUCAUGCGUGCAUACAUUUUUUGUCUAUGGGUGGUCCCGGGGAUCGAACCCACUACCUUGGCGUUACAAGCGUUACAAUCCAAAGAGGAGCGACCCAUGGAUGUGUGUGCUUUGGGGACCUUUAAUGUGUCUGGCAGAACUAGUGUUGUAUGUGGAGGAUGAGUGCUGAGGUAGGUAUCUCAGAUAGGGGGGAGUGAGGCCUAAGAGGGUUUUAUAAAUAAGCUUCAACCAGUGGGUCUCGCGACGGGUAUACAGAGAUGACCAGUUUACAGAGGAGUAUAGAGUGCAGUGAUGUGUCCUAUAAGGAGCAUUGGUGGCAAAUCUGAUGGCCGAAUGGUAAAGAACAUCUAGCCACUCGAGAGCACCCUUACCUGCCGAUCUAUAAAUUAUGUCUCCGUAAUCUAGCAUGGGUAGGAUGGUCAUCUGAAUCAGGGUUAGUUUGGCAGCUGGGGUGAAAGAGGAGCGAUUAUGAUAGAGGAAACGAAGUCUAGAUUGAAACUUAGCCUGCAGCUUUGAUAUGAGCUGAGAGAAGGACAGUGUACCGUCUAGCCAUACUCCCAAGUACUUGUAUAAGGUGACUUCCUCAAGCUCUAAACCCUCAGAGGUAGUAAUCACACCGAUGGGGAAAGGGGCAUUCUUCUUGCCAAACCACAUGACCUUUGUUUUGGAGGUGUUCAGAACAAGGUUAAGGGCAGAGAAAGCUUGUUGGACACUAAGAAAGCUUUGUUGUAGAGCGUUUCACACAAAAUCCGGGGAGGGGCCAGCUGAUUAUAAGACAGUAUCAUCUGCAUAUAAAUGGAUGAGAGAGCUUCCUACUGCCUGAGCUAUGUUGUUGAUGUAAAUUGAGAAGAGCGUGUGGCCUGGGAUCGAGCCUUGGCGUACUCCCUUGGUGACAGGCAGUGGCUGAGACCGCAGAUGUUCUGACUUUAUACACUGCACUCUUUGACAGAGGUAGUUAGCAAACCAGGCCAAAGACCGCUCAGAGACACCAAUACUCCUUAGCCGGCCCACAACAAUGGAGUGGUCUACCGUAUCAAAAGCUUUGGCCAAGUCAAUAAAAAUAGCAGCACAACAUUGCUUAGAAUCAAGGGCAAUGGUGACAUCGUUUAGGACCUUUAAGGUUACAGUGACACAUCCAUAAACUGAGCGGAAAACAGAUUGCAUACCACAGAGAAUACUAUAGACAUCAAGAAAGCCAGUCAGUUGAUUAUUUACAAGUUUUUCCAACACUUUUGAUAAACAGGGCAAAAUAGAAAUUGGCCUAUAACAGUUAGGAUCAGCUUGAUCUCACCCUUUAAAUAAAGGAUGCACCGGGGCUGCCUUCCAAGCAAUGGGAACCUCCCCAGAGAGGAGAGACAGGUUAAAAUGUCAGAGAUAGGCUUGGCGAUAAUAGGGGCAGCAACCCAGAUGUUUUUUUGGGGUCAAGUCUAAGGAGCUCUUUUAGCACCUCGGACUCAGUGACUGCCUGUAGGGAGAAACUUUGUAGCGGGGCAGGAGGGAAAGAGGGAGGAGCCUCGGGGCUAGUCGCAUUAGAAGGGGUGGGAGAUGAGGACAUUUUGGACGGGCAAGGAGGCAUGGCUGAGUUAAAUAGGAAUCCUGACUUAAUGAAGUGGUGAUUAAAAAGCUCAGCCAUGUGCUCCUUGUCAGUAACAACCACAUCAUCAACAUUAAGGGACAUGGGCAGCUGUGAGGAGGAGGAGGGUUUAUUCUCCAGGUCUUUAACCGUUUUCCAGAACUUCUUGGGGUUAGACCCACAGAGAGAGAACUGCUCCUUAAAGUAACUAACUUUGGCCUUUCCGGAUAGCCUGAGUGCACUUAUUUCUCAUUUGAGAAUUAUUUAUUUUAGCUUUUAUUUCUUUCAUCACAUUCCCAGAGUGUCAGAAGUUUACAUACACUAAAUUAGUAUUUGGUAGCAUUGCCUUUAAAUUGUUUAACUUGGGUCAAACGUUUCUUCCACAAGCUUCCCACAAUAAGUUGGGUGAAUUUUGGCCCAUUCCUCCUGACAGAGCUGGUGUAACUGAGUCAGGUUUGUAGGCCUCCUUGCUCGCACAUGCUUUUUCAGUUCUGCCCACAAAUGUUCUAUAGGAUUGAGGUCAGGGCUUUGUGAUGGCCACUCCAAUACCGUGACUUUGUUGUCCUUAAGCCAUUUUGCCAGAACUUCGGAAGUAUGCUUGGGGUCAUUGUCCAUUUGGAAGACCCAUUUGCGACCAAGCUUUAACUUCCUGACUAAUGUCUUGAGAUGUUGCUUCAAUAUAUCCACAUAAUUUUCCUUCCUCAUGAUGCCAUCUAUUUUGUGAAGUGCACCAGUCCCUCCUGCAGCAAAGCACCCCCACAGCAUGAUGCUACCACCCCCGUGCUUCACGGUUGGGAUGGUGUUCUUCGGCUUGCAAGCCAUCCCCUCCAAACAUAACGAUUGUAAUAAUGGCCAAACAGUUCCAUUUUUGUUUCAUCAGACCAAAGGACAUUUCUCCAAAAAGUACGAUCUUUGUCCCCAUGUGCAGUUGCAAACCAUAGUCUGUCUUUUUUUAUGGCAGUUUUGGAGCAGUGGCUUCUUCCUUGCUGAGCUGCCUUUCAGGUUAUGUCGAUAUAGGACUUGUUUUACUGUGGAUAUAGAUACUUUUGUACCUGUUUCCAGCAUCUUCACAAGGUCCUUUGCUGUUGUUCUGGGAUUGAUUUACACUUUUCGCACCAAAGUACGUUCAUCUCUAGGAGACAGAACACGUCUCCUUCCUGAGCAGUAUGACGGCUGCGUGGUCCCAUGGUGUUUACAUUUGCUUACUAUUGUUUGUACAGAUGAAAGUGGUACCUUCAGGUGUUUGGAAAUUGCUCCCAAGGAUGAACCAGACUUGUGGAGGUCUACAAAUUUUUUUCGGAGGUCUUGGCUGAUUUAUUUUGAUUUUCCGAUGAUGUCAAGCAAAGAGGCACUGAGUUUGAAGGUAGGCCUUGAAAUACAUCCACAGGUACACCUCCAAUUGACUCAAAUGAUGUCAAUUAGCCUAUCAGAAGCUUCUAAAGCCACAACAUCAUUUUCUGGAAUUUUCCAAGCUGUUUAAAGGCACAGUCAACAUAGUGUAUGUACAUUUUUGACCCACUGGAAUUGUGAUACAGUGAAUUAUAAGUGUAAUAAUCUGUCUGUAAACAAUUGUUGGAAAAAUUGCUUGUAUCAUGCACAAAGUAGAUGUCCUAACCGACUUGCCAAAACUAUAGUUUGUUAACAAGAAAUUUGUGGAGUGGUUGAAAAACAAAUUUUAAUGACUCCAACCUAAGUGUAUGUAAACUUCCGACUUCAACUGUACAUGUACAUUGAGAUGCAUGCAUACUUGCCAGGCUCGUGCACGUGUUUACAUGGUUCUGUGUAGGCUUCAGGUGAUAGAAAUCUGAACAGACUACCAGUGCUUUGAAAAGUUGAUGUAAUUAUACUUUCCUGUGCAUAUAUUGUCUUACAUUCCUACCGCCAAAAGAAGGAACUGCAUGGACAACCAGUAAAGUGGGUAAAAUAAAGUAAAGUGCGUUAAAAUAUAAUUGUAUCCAACAUUCUGGCGUGUAGAGGUCGUGAGAGGAAACUUUCCUGAUUCAAACCCUAAUUUUUGCCCGACAUUGAAUUCAAUACAAUUAUCAGGACUGUCCAGAAGGCCUCAAAACCCAAAUCAUUUUCUAAACAUUGUAACAUAUUUGGCAGUCUAUCCUCCUUGAUCAACAAGGCCAUGUCAUGCACCUAUGUUACUUUUUGUCAAAUACGUUUUUUACAGUAUUACAGAGUAUCAACUUAAUGUUGCGUGGCAGUCAAAAUUGUUAUGCCAUCACAAUGUUAUGAUGUUGUAAGCAAGGACCAGCAGGCAGACUGAUAUGUGCUCUAAAACAUGUAUCUAGUCGUCUUAGCAGCUCCUUUAUUUACAUUUGGUCAUAGAAAUGUGGUCAUGUUACCACAGUAACACCUGGAGUUUGCUUAAUUAAGAUAGUUAGCUAACACAGAUGUCGUCAUUCACCAAUCACGCUAGCUAUAAUAACAUUGUAAUAACAAUGUCACGUAGGCUUAUGGUCUAACAGCUGCUGUGUGUGUGGUCUUUAUGAUUUCCAUUUCUCUGUCUAAACACAGGGGCAUGUGGUGUUGCUGUGGGAUAUCCUCUUGAUACAGUAAAGGUAAGCGUUUUGAUAAUGUGUUUUAUUGAAGCGGAGACAUAAAGUACAUACCUAAAGAUGCUGCCAUGAGCCUUAUUCUGGUGAAGACACAGCUCUUGAUAGGCGGAACUCUUUCUGACGUUGACAGGUCAGGAUACAAACUCAGAAGCAGUUCACUGGGAUAUGGCAGUGCUUCAUAACAACGUUAUCUAAAGAAGGGGUGAGUGUCAAUCUUUUCUGUCAUAAAGCUGUCCUAAUCAGUUGGUUCAUCAGUCACCUUAUCUUAUUGUCUAAACUGAGAAGCACGCUGACCCACCCUCCUCUCUCUCCUGUACCUCCAGGUCCAUGGCUUCUUCAAGGGGAUGUCCCUGCCUGUUACCACGGUUUCCAUGACUUCCUCUGUGGUGUUUGGGACGUACAGGAACUGCCGUCAGUGUCUCAGUCAGCUGAGGGGAGGACCAGGAACCCCAAACACCAAACUAGAAAUCUUCCUCUCUGGCCUGGCCGGGGGUGUGGCUACGGUGAGGAGUUCUAUUUCUGAGGAUAGUUAUUAUUUUGUUGUUGUUUUACAGAAUGAACCUUCACAGGAUGCACUCAUUGUGAUUGUAUGGCCAUUGUAUUUACGUUCUAAGGGAGGACAAUGUCAUAUUAUCCACACUUGGACCUUAUUGUUCACCCUGCUACCAUCUAGAGGGCGGAGACAGUACAGGUGCAUCAAAGCUGGGACCGAGAGACUGAAAAACAGCUUCUAUCUCUAGGCCAACAGACUGUUCAAUUGUCACCACUAGCCGGCCUCCGCCCAUUACCCUGCCUUGAACUUAGUUACUUUUACUAACCGGCUACCACCCGGUACUCUACCCUGCACCUUAGAGACUGCUGCCCUAUGUACAUAGUCAUUGAACACUGGUCACUUUAAUAAUGUUUACAUACUGUUCUACCCACUUCAUAUGUAUAUACUGUAUUCUAGUCAAGGCUCAUCCUAUAUAACUACUGCUGUACACACCUUUUCUAUUCAUAUACUGUCCAUAAUGUUUAUACACACCAUCAUAUACAUAUAUAUUUAUAUUUCGGACUCUGACAUUGCUCGUUCUGAUAUUUCUUAAUUUCUUUCUUAAUUUAUUGAGGAACUGUGUGUAAUGUUUUGUACUGUUAGGUAUUACUGCACUGUUGGAGCUAGAAACCUGCGAUAACAUCUGCAAAGUAUGUGUACGCAACCAAUAACAUUUUAUUGGAUUUAUUGACAUUAUUUGGCUUUAAAAUAUGGUAGUCCUGUUACAGUGUAAUUAGUGAGUAACUGCCAACCUGUAUGUGAAUUCACUGACUGUCCCGUUUCCUUAUUCUGGUCUCUCAGGUGACAGUGAUGUCACCAGGCGACAUAGUGAAAGUCAGGCUGCAGUGUCAGACAGAGUCCAUGCGAGCCAGAAAAGGGGCGAACUUGCCCAAACCCAAGUACCGCGGCCCCGUCCACUGUCUCCUGACCAUCGUCAGAGAGGAGGGGGCGCUGGGGCUCUACAGGGGAGCUCUGCCUCUCAUGCUGAGAGACGGACCGUCCUACGCCACUUACUUCCUGACUUACAGCACACUCUGUGAGUGGUUCACCCCGACUGGAAAGAAGGGACCAGGUGGGUGAGAUUCUAUUGGUCCAAAGCGUGGGCUUCAGUACUCAACAGGAUGCAACGUUACGUAAAAAAAAAAACGUUGCCGCCCUAUGAAUGUGUUCUAGUCUACAAAUGGUUAAAGUAAUUAUUGUUGUAGUUUAUAAAUAGAGCAUUUAACCCUAAUCUCUAUCUCUUGCGAUUCUCAGAGUGGACAGGGGUGAUGCUGGCCGGCGGGUUGGCUGGUAUAACCGGCUGGACAGUGGGUACGCCCAUGGAUGUGAUUAAGGCCCGCCUCCAGAUGGACGGAGCCAGGGAUAUCAAGAGAUACAAGGGCUUUGUCCACUGCAUCACAGAGACAGUCAGGGUGGAGGGGUCAGGGGUGUUCUUCAGGAGCUUGGGGAUCAACUGUCUACGUGCCUUCCCUGUCAACAUGGUGGUGUUUGCUACCUUCGAACUCCUGGUCGGCUUCCUCAGAACACAGCCUGACGCUAUAGAACCCCCCACACUGCUUCCUCAGAACACAGCCUGA